AUGGGCCCCCCAGAAAGAAGCCUGUCCUUGAAUCUCAUUUUGGAAGAACUCACCCUGGAACGGGAUCACUCACUUUCCCAUAACUCAGGACUCAAGGGGCAGGUCCUAGAUUUGAAUAUACAUUUCUCCUUGGGCAUUCAGAAGGUUCAAGAAAGGAUGGUCUGGAACCAAUUUACCCAAAGCUCAGAAAUGUCCCAACAUCGCUCCAUUUACAUCAAUGACCCUAUUAAGAACACUUUUUGUCACAACUCAAUCAGCACAACCAAGUACAGCAUGUGGUCAUUUCUGCCUCGAUAUUUGUACCUACAAUUUGGCAAAACUGCCAAUGCAUUCUUCUUGUUCAUUACUAUACUGCAGCAAAUCCCAGAUAUAUCUCCAACAGGAAAAUAUACAACUCUCUUGCCUUUGGCGAUUAUUCUUACAAUUUCAGGCAUCAAAGAAGUUAUAGAAGAUUAUAAGCGACAUAAGGCAGACAAAUUAGUGAAUUCCAAGACUACAUUAGUCUUAAGACAGAAUUCAUGGUGCACGAUCAGGUGGAAAGAGGUCCACGUGGGUGACAUUGUGAAGACUUGCAGUGGCGAGUUCCUUCCCGCAGAUAUGGUCCUGGUUUCCUCCAGUGAACCUCAUUCGAUGUGUUAUAUUGCAACAGCAAAUCUGGAUGGAGAGACAAAUCUAAAAAUACGGCAGGCUUUGCCAGAAACAGCUGCAAUGCAAACAGAAAACCAAUUAUUAAAUCUACAUGGAAAAAUUGAAUGUGAAGGACCUAACCGCCAUUUCAGUAGCUUUGUUGGAAACUUGCGUUUAAAUGAUAGAAGUCCUGUUCCAAUUGGGCCUGACCAAGUCUUGCUAAGAGGAACCCAGCUGAGAAAUACUCAAUGGAUCACUGGUGUCAUCAUUUACACUGGAUCUGAAACCAAGUUAAUGCAGAAUGCUGUCAAAUCACCUCUGAAGAAAUCACAGGUUGAGAAAGUGACCAACCUCCAGAUCCUGGCAUUGUUCCUGUUUCUGUUGGUCAUGUCCAUGGUGAGCUGUGCCGGAGCAAUGUACUGGAAUCAAAUGUACAGCAUGGAUAUGUGGUACAUGAGGAGGAAGGGUUACAGCCCUCACAUCUUUGCCUUGGAUAGCUUGGUGUUCAUCAUUUUGUACCACAAUCUCAUUCCCAUCAGUCUACUCGUAACUCUGGAGAUUGUGAAAUUUACUCAGGCUCAGUUUAUAAACUGGGAUGAGGAUAUGCAUUUUCAAGAAAAUAAUAUCUAUGCCAUGGCUAGAACAUCUAAUCUUAAUGAAGAGCUUGGGCAGGUAAAAUACUUAUUUACUGAUAAAACAGGAACUCUUACCUGCAAUAUUAUGACAUUUAAGAAAUGUACCAUUGCAGGCAUAAUUUAUGGUCAAGCGUCACCUUCUUAUGAAUUUAAUGAUCCUGCAUUAUUAGAGAACUUUGAGAAAGGCCAUCCCACAGAAGGAUACAUAAAAGAAUUUUUUACCCUGUUAUGUGUGUGCCACACAGUUAUCCCUGAGAAAGAGGGGAAUAAUAUCAUCUACCAGGCUUCCUCCCCAGAUGAGGCAGCUUUAGUGAAAGGAGCAAAAAAUCUUGGGUUUGUUUUCACCACCAGAACACCUUACUCUGUCACCAUAGAAACCAUGGGAGAAAGCUUCACUUUUGAAGUCCUUAAUAUCCUUGAGUUUUCUAGCAACAGGAAAAGAAUGUCUGUAAUUGUCCGGACACCCAUGGGCCAGCUUCGGCUCUACUGCAAAGGGGCAGAUGCAGUGAUUUAUGAGAGACUUUCAAAAAAUUCUGAGUUUGUGGAGGACACAUUAAGCCAUCUGGAAUAUUUUGCUACAAAUGGUCUGAGAACUCUCUGUGUAGCUUAUGCUGAUUUAACUGAGGAGGAAUAUGAGCACUGGCUGAAGGAGUAUGAGAAAGCUAGCACCAACUUACAUGACCGAAUUAAAAAACUGGAGGAUUGCUACGAUAUCAUUGAAAAGGACUUUAUGCUGCUUGGAGCCACAGCCAUUGAAGAUCGUCUUCAAGCCGGCGUUCCAGAAACCAUAUCAACUUUACUGAGAGCAAACAUAAAAAUUUGGGUGUUGACAGGAGAUAAACAAGAAACUGCAAUUAACAUAGCCUAUUCCUGCAAACUCAUAUCAGGGAAUGUGCCUCGUAUCCAUAUGAAUGCAAAUUCAUUUGAGGCAACAAAACAAAUGAUUGAUGAGAAUUGUCAAGAGUUUGGCUGUAUGUUAGGCAAAGAGAAUGGCGUGGCCCUAAUCAUUGAUGGCGAAACAUUGAAACAUGCCCUCAAUUUUGACAUUCAGAGGAAGUUCCUAACUUUGGCUCUAUCCUGUAGAACAGUAUUAUGCUGUAGGAUGACCCCCCUUCAGAAGGCUGAAAUCGUGGGCAUGGUUAAGAAGCACGUACAGGCUAUCACGCUGGCUGUGGGGGAUGGCGCCAAUGACGUCAGUAUGAUCCAGACGGCUCAUGUGGGUGUGGGAAUCAGUGGAAAUGAGGGCAUGCAGGCCACCAACAACUCAGAUUACUCCAUCGCACAGUUUAGCUACUUGGAGAAGCUUCUAUUGGUCCAUGGAGCUUGGAAUUAUUUUCGAGUGACCAAAUGCAUAUUGUAUUGUUUCUACAAAAAUGUAGUGCUGUACACUAUUGGGCUUUGGUUCACCUUUGUUAAUGGAUUUUCUGGGCAGAUUUUGUUUGAGCGUUGGUGCAUCAGCUUGUACAAUGUGAUCUUCACUUCAUUACCACCUUUGGCUCUGGGAAUCUUUGAGCGGUGCUGCAGUGAAUCGAGCCUUCUCAAAUACCCAGAACUCUACACUAUUUCACAAAACGGGGAAACUUUCAACACAAAGGUAUUUUGGAUCCAGUGCAUGUGGGCUUUGCUUCACUCCUUCAUUCUUUUCUGGUUUCCCACAAAAAUGAUGCAGCACGAUGUCCUCCUGCAGCAUGGGUAUACUACAGAUUAUCUGUUUCUUGGUAAUUUCGUCUAUACGUAUGUAGUUGUUACGGUUUGUCUGAAAGCUGGCUUGGAGACAAUGUCCUGGAAUAAUUUCAGCCAUGUGGCAAUUUGGGGAAGCAUGGUCAUCUGGCUGGUGUUUUAUACCAUUUACUCUUCCUUAUGGCCUGUCAUACGUAUUGCUCCAGAAAUGAAAGGACAGGCCAACGUGACACUGAUAUGUCCAUAUUUCUGGCUGGGCCUUUUCAUAGUCCCUGUUAUAUGCUUGAUUCCAAACGUAUUUUGGAAAUCGCUUAAAAAUACCCACAACAAAAGUCUUCUAGAAGAAAUUCGGGAGCUGGAAAGCAGACAAAUUACAGGAGCUGAUGUAUCUCAGGUGUUUAGGAAGAGGACAACACUAGGAAGUUUACAAAUUUUACCCCGUCCUUGUGAGGUCAGUCUCCGGAACAAUUCUGUGGAUAUACACGCCCCGCAUGGGUACGCAUUUUCUCAAACAGAACAGUCUGUGAUCACUCAGGAAGAGCUGGUCCGUUGCUAUAACACCUCUCUAAUAGAAUCCAAGACUUCUCAGAAGACUUCAUCCUUGGUUGAUGAAGAUUCGGAUCAAGUCUCCAAAGCUCAUGUUUUCCACUGA